GCGUUCACUGUGCGUCUUUGCGCGUCGUUCGGCGGGGACGCGGUGUCCUGGAUGACGCGUUUUCCGCGCAGCUCGUGAGGCGGGACUGUGCGGGAGCCAUGCGGGGAGCAGCCGCCUCUCCUGCGGGGAGCACCGAAGGAGAAAAGCAGCUUCGGUAGAGAAAACCGCUUUCUGGAGGAGCAGAUCUGCCGCAGACCAGAGGAGAUGGUCGAGAAGUGCGUAAAAUCCCACAUUAUUCUGCCAUCAUUCAGAGUUUAUUCAAAUGACUUCAUGGCCGCACCUGACCUUCUUGACCCAAAGACUGCCACCCAAAACUCCAAGCCUCGCCUGUCAUUCUCUGCUAAACCGGUUGUGCUGAACUCUCCAGACGAUGAAUGUGAUACUCGAACCACUGUGAUGAGGUGGAAAACGGUGUCAGCCAUAUUCUUCCUGGUGGUGCUUUACCUCAUCAUCGGGGCGACGGUGUUCAGAGCCCUGGAGCAGCCUCAUGAAAGCUCCCAAAAACUGGCCAUCCUCAUAGAGAAACUGGACUUCCUGGCGGAGCACACCUGUGUCAAUUCUACAGAACUAGAGGCUUUAGUCAAGCAAGUGGUUUCAGCGGUGCGAGCAGGCGUCAACCCGUCGGGAAACUUGUCCAAUCAGACAAGCCUUUGGGACCUCAGCUCCUCCUUUUUCUUCGCAGGAACAGUUAUCACCACCAUCGGAUUCGGGAACAUCUCUCCUCACACCAAAGGUGGGCGGAUCUUCUGCAUAAUCUACGCUCUGCUGGGGAUUCCCCUCUUUGGAUUCUUAUUGGCCGGCGUCGGUGACCAGCUGGGCACCAUCUUUGGGAAAGGCAUCGCCAAAGUGGAGAAGAUGAUCGUGAAAUGGAAUGUCAGUCAGACGAAGAUCCGCGUCAUCUCCACGCUGCUCUUCAUCCUGUUUGGAUGCAUCAUCUUUGUGGCGCUGCCAGCAGUCAUCUUCAAGCACAUCGAGGGCUGGAGCACGCUCGAGUCCAUCUACUUCGUCGUUAUCACCCUCACCACCAUCGGCUUUGGAGACUUUGUCGCGGGCGAGAAAGGUGCGUCUGAAAAUCCAGAAUUCUUGAACUACUACAAGCCUGUGGUGUGGUUCUGGAUCCUGGUGGGCCUGGCCUACUUUGCCGCCGUGCUCAGUAUGAUUGGAGACUGGUUCCGGGUCAUCUCCAAGAAAACUAAAGAAGAAGUUGGGGAGUUUCGAGCCCAUGCAGCCGAGUGGACUGCCAACGUUUCAGCAGAGUUCAAAGAGACACGGCGACGGCUCAGCGUUGAUAUCUACGAUAGGUUCCAGCGCGCUGCAUCCAUCAAACGCAAACUCUCCUCUGAGCUGGGAAUCAACGCCUCACUCAACCAGGAAAUGACCCCGGGAAAGAGGACGCUAUCCGCCAACCUGGGAGAGGACAAAGAGGCUUACACAAACAUGACCCUCUCCCUCAGUCCCAACCACGGAGCCCUGACCAGGAAUGGCAGCCUCUUCCUGAACGGUCUCAGUCCAAACUGCACUGACCGACGGGAGAUAGCAAUUAUCGAAACUCUCAAGUGACCAAGAGGAGGAAACAAGUUUCACACUUACUGACUCGGCAUCUACCAUAAGUUACCAUGUGUAGUAAUCAGCCACUGAUUGAGAACCUUGAGUCUACCUGAUCCAGCUCGAUCUUCAAGGGGUUGAUGUUUGCCUGUUUGUUUGCAUGGAGGAAUACUUAUAGCUGACAGGUUUUAAUCUUCACAGGAGGUCAUCCUGGGCCUAAUCUGUGUUUUCCCAGUCAUCGUAUCAGAGGCAUCAGUUUAAUAAAAUGGAACGGGAAGGAACGCUCA